UUGUGGUGUCCUUGUUAUCCUUGUUUUGGUUGCUUCGGUGGCGUGUGUUGCGCUCGCGGAUUAUUUUGAGCUCCGAGUGUGCGUUUGAAAGCGUAUACAGACCGGCCUUCACAUUUUUCCGUCGCGCGCAGCAAUCGUUCUGUACGGCAGAGUUCAGGACAGUUCCUGACAGCAGCGCGUAUAACCGACGUUUUCUCUGCAACACCCUUUGCAUGUCUCUGUCGCUUCUCAGGUCGAACCUGCCGCGGGUGUCCCGCUUAAAUAGAGAUGCCUUGAAACCGUUAUUUUGGCUGCCCGUACGCGAGAAGCAGGUUCUUUCAGACCCAGAAAAUAUUGGGCAGCGUCAGCAGCAUAUUAAUUUCGACACACUAGGAACUUGGGACAACCGGAUCGAUUUGCCACUGCUGCUGCAGCAAAGUAUCAAAGUUGGUAAGCCCGUACCCAAGAUAUCAGGUGAACAUGCCGGCUGUGCGACGAUUCUCGGCCGACGAACGUACAACGAAGACCGCUACAGGGUCAAGGAGCUUACACCUGACCUCCUUUACUUUGCGGUCUUCGAUGGACAUGGUGGCUCCGCAUGCGCCGACUUCUGUGCAGAACACAUGGAGGCACAUAUCAUGUACUGGGUUCGUAGAGGCCAGACAGACCUACAGGCACUACUGCAGUCGGCCUUCAUCGACACCAACAAUUCCUUUGCCAAAUAUGUCGCCUUUAAUUGGCCAGAUGGCGAGGAUUCUUCAUCAGGGACGACUGCCACAGUGUGCCUCCUGAGCAGCAGCACAGAGCUGUAUGUAGCCCAUGUAGGUGACAGCCGUGCCUUGCUCUGCCGCAGUGGGGAGUCGCGUCGACUUACUACUGACCACACCGCUGGCCUCAAGCUGGAGGAGGAAAGGAUUAAAAUGUCUGGUGGCAAGCUCAUCUCGGACAGCCACGGGAGGCAUCUUGUUAAUGGACGCCUAGCCAUGACCAGAAGCUUGGGUGACUUGGAUCUCAAGCCAUUUGGUGUCAUUGCGCUUCCAGAUGUCAGGUCCAUGGAGGUUAAGCAUGGCAAGGACGCGUUUGUGAUCCUCACGACAGAUGGUGUGAAUUGUGCCAUGUCAGACCAGGAGAUAGUGGAUGCCAUCAACAGCUGCAGUUCACCAGCUGAGGCAGCAGGCUUUGUCACGGACCAGGCCAUGCACUUUGCUUCCCAGGACAAUGCUACCGCAGUUGUCAUGCCGUUUGGUGCCUGGGGAAAGUAUCGCAACAGUGGUGGUGUGGCAAACAGUUUUGGUCGGCAGUUGCAGUUUAGUCGGAGGUUUUAGCCAUUGGUGUCGACUGUGAAAGUUGCCUGUAGG